GAGCAUCCUUGGCGGCCGGCCGGGAGCAGGUCUCCCUCAUCAGCACCUCCUUCGUACUGAAAGGGGACGCGUCUCACAACCAGGCGAUGGUGCACUGGACGGGCGAGAACAGCAGCGUGAUCCUGAUCCUUACCAAGUAUUAUCAUACCGAUAUGGGGAAAGUUUUGGAGAGCUCUUUGUGGAGGUCUUCAGAUUUUGGGACAUUAUACACAAAAUUGAAUCUACAGCCUGGGAUUGCCACUGUUAUUGACAAUUUCUACAUUUGUUCCACCAACAAAAAGAAGAUAAUUCUUGUAAGUUCUUCCCAUAAUGACCGUGACCAAAGCCUUUUCAUAAGCACAGAUGAAGGAGCCACUUUCCAGAAACAGCCCAUUGCUUUCUUUGUGGAAACUCUCCUUUUUCACCCAAAAGAAGAAGAUAAAGUACUUGCUUAUACCAAGGAAGGCAAGAUUUAUGUAUCUAUUGACUUGGGGAAAAAAUGGAACCUUCUGCAGGAACGAGUUUCUAAAGAUCAUUUUUUUUGGGCUGUUGCUGGAGUUGAUGGGGACCUUGAUUUAGUUCAUAUGGAAAUCCAGGACCCCAGUGGAGGUUAUCGCUACAUCACUUGCCAGAUUCAAAAUUGUUCUGAUAAGACAAUGACAGUCCCAUUUGCUGGCAGCACUGAUCGGGAUUCCCUGACUGUGCAGGAUGACUACAUAUUUCUUCAGACAACAUCAGCAAAUCGGACCAAGUAUUACGUGUCUUACCGGCGGAAUGGCUUUGUACAGAUGAAGUUGCCAAAAUAUGCAUUGCCAAAAGAUUUACAGAUAAUCAGUACAGAUGAAAACCAGGUGUUUGUGGCUGUACAAGAGUGGUACCAGACAGACACAUACAACCUGUACCAGUCUGACCCACAAGGUGUUUAUUACUCCAUCCUGCUGGAGAAUGUUCGGAGCACGAAGCAGCCAGAAGAGAAUGUCCUGAUAGAUAUUCUGGAGGUCAGAGGUGUAAAAGGAGUCUUUUUGGCCAACCAGAAAAUUGAUGGGAAAGUUACCACCCUGAUAACCUACAACAAAGGCCGUGACUGGGAUUUCCUAACCCCUCCAGACAUUGAUAUGAAUGGCAAACCGACCAACUGCAAACCUCCUGAUUGUUACCUUCACCUCCAUCUCCGGUGGGCAGACAAUCCGUAUGUGUCGGGCACAGUGCACACCAAGGACACUGCACCAGGGCUCAUAAUGGGGGCAGGUAACCUGGGGUCCCAGCUGGUUGAGUAUAAAGAAGAGAUGUACAUAACAUCUGACUGUGGGAACACGUGGCGUCAGGUCUUUGAAGAAGAGCACCACAUCUUGUACUUGGACCAUGGUGGAGUUAUUGUGGCUAUCAAAGACACUUCUAUCCCUCUGAAAAUACUCAAGUUCAGCAUAGAUGAAGGCCAGACCUGGAGCACUCAUAAUUUUACCAGCACUUCUGUCUUUGUAGAUGGACUGCUUAGUGAACCUGGAGAUGAGACACUGGUCAUGACGGUCUUUGGACAUAUCAGCUAUCGCUCAGACUGGGAACUGGUGAAGGUGGACUUCAGACCAUCCUUCCCCAGGGAGUGCACAGAUGAAGACUAUGAGUCCUGGGAGCUCACAAAUCUGCAGGGUGAUCGUUGCAUCAUGGGCCAGCAGAGAAGCUUUCGGAAGAGGAAGAUUUCAUCGUGGUGCAUUAAAGGGAAAAGUUUCACAUCUGCUCUCAAAUCCAAAGUUUGUGAAUGUGUGAACACUGAUUUCUUAUGUGAUUAUGGGUUUGAGCGCUCUGUGCCUCUGAAGUCGGAGUCGAGCAAAUGCUUUGCUGACUUUUGGUUUAACCCAGAAGCACCUCCUGAAGACUGUGUGUUGGGACAGGCAUACACCAGCAGCACUGGGUACAGGAAAGUUGUUUCUAAUGUGUGUGAAGGUGGAGUAGACCUGCAGCAGAACUUAGCACACCAUAUGUGUCCACUGACUGCUCCCAAGGGACUUCAGAUCAGCAUCAGAGGAGAAAGCCUGGCUGUUAGACCUGGGGAAGACAUCACCUUCAUUGUCCAACAAGAGCAGGGUGAUGUGCUGAGUACCAAGUACCAGGUAGACCUUGGAGAUGGCUUUAAGGCGAUCUAUGUGAACCUGACGAUGACAGGGGAGCCCAUCCGUCACCGCUACGAGAAUCCUGGCGUGUACCGCGUGUCCGUGAGGGCCGAGAACGUGGCUGGGCAUGACGAGGCUGUGGUGUUCGUCCAAGUCAACUCUCCACUCCAGGCUUUAAAUUUAGAAGUGGUUCCAGUCAUUGGGAGAAACCAGGAGGUGAACCUGACAGCCAUCAUACUGCCUAAGAACCCUAAUUUGACAGUUUUCUACUGGUGGAUAGGAAACAAUCUUCAGCCACUGCUUACAUUGGAGAGUUUUCUGGUGACAACGUUUGCUGAGACAGGUGAUGUCCGAGUUACAGUACAAGUUUCCUGUGGGAGCUCUAUGCUUCAGGACUCAAAAGUUGUCCAUGUUUUUGAUCACUUUCAUGUUCUUCCUCUGAAGUUCACUAAGCACCUGGACAUGUACAACCCCGACAUACCGGAGUGGAGGGAAGACAUCGGGCGGGUCGUGACGCGACUUCUUGCAAAGGAGACCAGUAUACCUGAAGAAACACUCAUGACUGUUGUAAAACCUGGUCUGCCCACAGCUGCUGACUUGCAUGUUCUACUACCAGCAAACCAACCAAAAAAGAAGAGAAGCAUAACUAGUGAUAAGAGAAUAGCAGCUAUAAAGCAGGCCCUGAAUGCACACAACAUCAGUUUCUUUCUGAGGGGAGGAUACUGGGUCUUAGUGACUUUAGCUGACUCCGGUUCAGACUCUCAGAGAAUUGGAGGAGGCAGUGGCUACUGGGCUAUUGUGGUUCUCUUUGUUAUUUGUCUAGUUGCAGUCGGGGCUUUCAUCCUCUACAAGUUCAAAAGGAAACUGCCAGGCAGAAAUGUCUACGCCCAGAUGCACAAUGAAAAAGAGCAGGAGAUGACAAGCCCUGUUAAUCACAGUGAGGACACCCAGAACAUCAUCCAGGGUGAGGAGUUUAUUGAUGAUGAUCUGGACUCUCAAACACUAGUGACUCCUUCUGGGAGAAGUGGCAACUUGAACAGCUACAGAGUUCCCUUAUUGCUGAUGCCGGUCAGUGUCCAGUCCCAGGCAAUCACUCAGGCGUGGUUUUGAGCAUCAACUCCAGAGAGAUGCACAGUUACCUGGUUAGCUGAUAUUUGCAGCUGAACACAAAAACCGAAAGACUCUUCCCUGUUUCAUUUUUCCCUGGUGUGUCCCAAAAUUGCAAAUAUGACUGUAAAUGCUGAUGGAGAGAAGGUUUCUUAUCAGUCCUGUGGAAAAAAGCAUCCACCAUCAGUUACUAAGGGUGAAGGAUAACAUGUCUUGUGUUCACUCUAUGGCCUGGGAACUCAUUAUGAUUGAAACUCCAACUGUAGUAGCAAAUCUGUAGCCCUAGACACCUUCAAUGCCACCUUGUUUCUUUUCUGUAUGUUUAUUUUUAGAAUGAUUGACUGUAACUUUUUAAUUAUAUUUUUAAUUGAGGAUUUCAGUGGAAGGCUGGGAGUCUUCUGCCCAAAAAGGUGAUUUUUACACAAGUGACUAGACCAGAAGAGAUGGUUGGUUGAUCACAAUGACAAUUUUUUAGGAGGCCAAGUUUUUCUGUACUGGAAAAGGACUGAGCGAGAGACAAAUGCACUCCUAGUUGAGACAAGCUCUUAACUUAAGCAUGUGUGAGACAAUCUAACAAAUUUAGGCUUAGGCCCUUCUGAGAAUUAAAAGAAGUAAAAUGUUAAUUAGGAUACUUGUACUAUACAAUAAUGCUCUUGUAAGUGUAGCAAGUCCUGACAAAUUAUCAGCACCAGUAUCUCCCCCAAUCCCACCACAUGUGAAAGAAAAACACCAGCUUGAUGCUAUUUCCAGACCAGGUGCCUUCACUUGCAGACAGUCAUUGUAGUUGCUCUUUUUUUUCUCCUGAGCGAGCCCCUCUAGGAUGAUGGCAGCUGCCAGAUGAGUUAUCCUGUUAAACCCUAGGCUGGUGACCUGUCUCUUUUUAAAUUUUCAGAGAGUGUAAAUACCUCUUUUAUGCAGCUUUCUUUGUAUGGUUAUUUUUUUAAAACUUCCAAUGACAGCAGCUGUGCUGGCUGGGUCAGAGUUCUGCUCUGGGAAGGGCUGGGUAGCUCUGCCAUCUCCUUCCCACAGCAUCCCUGUUUGGGAUUUCCUCUGGCGUUCGCCCUUGCUGGUGGGAGUGGGCAAACCCCAGCCUGACCUUUUCUGCUUGGGUUGGUUUGACAAUCCAAAGGGUCAUGGGGAUGAUGGGAAGGGAUUUAGGGCUUCCUGUUUGCUUCCCAUCACCAUAGGGUGUCUCUCAGCCCUACCACCACUGGCCCCUUUUUCUGCAGGGAGGGCAGGGGAAGGGCUUCUGGAGGAGCUGCCUGCAGGAAGGCUUGUGAGUCAGGUCCUUGUUUCCUAAUCCCAGUUUUGUCAGUUGGGUCAGAGUUUCCUAAUCUCAACCUCUGCAUCCCUAGGGAAUGGCAAUGCAGUGAGUCCACACUCCUCUUGUUUUUUUCUCUGUGGUUUAUUUUAGCCAUGUAAGAAAACAAGUGGUGUGGUGAGUUUAAAUGCCUGGCAUCCUGUGUGUCACAGCUGCCUGGGAUUAGGAUGCUUCUCUCAGAAACCUAUAUAAUCUCUUCACUUUUUGCCUUUGAUAGAGAAUAAAUAGCUCUGUACUCACUGAAUGUCAUACUGACGCUAGUGACAAGCUCACACUCCACCUUGUUUAAGAAGGAUACAGAUAGAGCAUGGUCCAGAAUAUGCAAACAGAAAAUAGGGAAUGCUAGUGAAAUAGAAAAGAACUGUCUUAAAAUCAGUGUAUGCACUGGACUCAUUCUUCCAUGUAGCUGUGAAUAUAGAGCAUAUUAUCAUCAAAUGCAGCAGAUUGGGAUGUAGUAAUUCAGUGUAGUACUGUAGGCUCUCAUGAACCCCAUAGGAUGUAUGUGUAAAGCACAAGAAAAUCUAGAUUAUAAAUUUACUGUAAGGAACUAGGGAACUAGGUGAAAUAGUUAGAGUGAAGAUUCUGAAAAGCACUUGCAAACUGCUCAGGAAAAGAUUUACAAAAAUUGUUCUAAAAUUUCUGCCUAUUUAGUUGUAUAGUGCCAUGUAAACUUAGCAGAGAAGCAAUGCCCUGGCUGACUGUUGUAUGCCAGACUGUGGAAAUCCAAGGUCUAAAAUGUAUCUGAGUCUGGGUUUCUUGAAGAGAAGUGCAUGUACAAAACAUGCUGUGAAUUGGAAACUCUUGGGAUCAUUGCACCAGGGGCUUUCCCUCCUCACCAGCUCUUCUUGCUUUUUCUAGUGGAAAUGAGCUGGAGCAGUGAAUAAAAUAACAUUGCAAAGAUCUUACUUGUUCCUGUGAAAUAAAUCUGAAAUAAAUUGUUGGUAUAGGGCAGGUGAGUGGCAAACCAGUUUCAUGAACAAGGAAUGGGAUGGAAGCUCCAGCUUGGGGUUGUUCUCACAUGGUUAGUCUGAUUGGCAAAGGUCACACAUAUAAUUUAUGCUUUAACAUCUACUUUAAUACAGUUAAUUCAGGGUGAUUUGUGUCUCUGAUCACAGGAGUCUUUUGGAACACGGUAGAAUAUUUAACUGCUUCGUACUCUAAUUAACACAGCACAAUGUAGUGCCUGUAAUAAUUUUUUCUGAUGCUUAUUAAUUUGAUUCAUGCAGCACUCCUGUGAGGUUGGUUUGUCAUGUCUUAAAAACACUGUUUUCUAAAGAUGUGUUGGUAUUGCCAUAACUGUAUUACUAAUACCCAGCAGAUAAUAAAGGAAGCCUUUGAUCUCUCACAAGAAUAAUUUUAAAAUUAAUUAUUUUAAAAUUGAGAAAGUAGUAUUACCAUUUUCUCAUUCAUGGUGUCUUGGUUUAUCUGAAAAUGAAAAGACUCACUAGUGCUAGUUCUCAGAUCUCUUGCACUACAUCCAUGAUAUCUUCACUUUUUAUCCUUUAUAUGCAUCUAAAAUCCUGAUACAGGAGUAUACAGAAACACAGAGUUGCUUCUAUGCACAAGUGCUAGUCACAUGUGUGCAUGCACACAUGCAGUAUUUGUACAUAUUUUAGUGAAGUUUUUUAGUGGGAAAGGGUGAUGUGGUGGCUAAGAAACAGAAGAUGACUGUCAGAUACCUGGAUUCUGUACCCAGACUUUGAGCAAGUUACUUCCGUUGUAUGUGCUCCAGUUUCCCCACUUAUAAAAUGGGCCUGAUAGUAAUUACCUACCUCACAGGGGUGUUGUGAGGCUAAAUUAAUUACUGUUUGUUCAGGAUCAUCAGAGCAAGAGAAUUUUGUGAGCCUAAAUUAAUUUAUGUUUAACUCUCUUUGUUUUACUUGUAAUUAUCAUUGUUCUUUAAAGUUCUCUACUGAAACCAACUCCAAUUGUGUAUAAAUGUAAAAAAUGUAUAAUCCAAAAAAAGGUGCAUCACUGGUAAAAAAGAAAAGAAGAAGGUACUUUUAUUGAAACACUGCUAUUGCAACAUACUUUGAUGUGGUAGCACUGUAACAUUGGCUGUGAUUUUGCUGUUACACACUAGAAUUGUCAACUCACUUCUCUUCUUUGUUAUUUGAUCGAAAACGUUACAGAAAUGGGUACAGUGAUAUUUGUCAGCAAUGAUAUUGAACUAUACAGAAUCAAAAAAACUGGCAGUGUACUGGCCUCAUUGGCCUCUUUUGGCCUUCUUAAAAUCUGAAAUAUUUGCAAUUUCAAAAACACUCUGUACUUUUCAGAGUGCUCCAAGCAGUAUGAUCUGAAGCAUUCUAACAGAGCCAUCAAGAUUUACAGCUGUUUUCUUUGCUUUCUCUUUUGACAUUGAAUGUUUUAUAUGGCUUUGGAACAGCCCAUCCAUAUAAAGUACUCAGAAAUGCUCAGAGGACAAUUAGGGAAAAUGCACACAGUGUUGAUUAAUUUUUCAAUUAUAUAAGCAAUAUAAACCAGUGUAUAUUUUUAUACUCUGUUGGAAAGGGUGGUGGAAAUGCCUGUGAAGAAAUAGAAGGUACCAGCCUGAAGUGAGAUGUUGUUUUCCACAGUUCACAUCCAAUUUCUUGGAACUUUUUUUAUGAUAUUCUCAUUGAAUAAUAUCCUUCUUGAUGAAUUCUCUUCUUUCAAUGACUGGUGUAAUGAGGAGUAAGCUCUUUAUUCAUAUAAGGUAGAUGAUUUGCUAACUAACUGUCCUGUAAACAAAAACAAAUCAGUGCUUUGCCAUUAGUAGUUCCUAGUGCAAAGCAAGUUUCAUCUGACAUGAUUAUCAUGGUUAGCCAUGUUUUCAGUCCAUUGAGACCUUCUUUUAGUGGGAAGACUCUACUAUUGUAUGCUGUAUCUUUAAUAGAGUCAAUAUAAUGGAACUGCAGUAAUUUCCAUCCUCCUUACGCAAAUACAUGCUCAAAGAAAAGUAUGGGGGAAAAAAAUCUUUAUUAAGAAAUUAAAUACAUGCAUUCAGUUGUUGUAGCUUUUUGAUGAUGAACCAGAGGUUCUGAUAAAUUUUGAAUUUCUAGUGUUAUUUCAAAUCAAUGUUCCUAAAUAGAUAGAAUCGAUGACAAUUUCAGUCAUUGACUUUUCCUGUGUUUCCUAUUAAAAAAGUUUUGUAAUUUUUUAUUAAUGAGGCUUCGGGGGAAAAGAGAGACUAAAUGUUUUAUUUCAUUGCACAGACCUUGCCAGUUGGAGUUAUUAUAGUUGUUUUAUUGUAUAUUGAUUGAUACCACUGUAUUGUUUCCAUAUUCAUUUUUAUUUCAGUAUUUUAGAUGAAAGUAAGUGCCAAUUCCUCUAAAACAUUGGAUUUCCACCAGGACUAAAUUUAUAAGCAUUUACCUUUAUAAAUCUUGAUUUUUGAGAUGCAAAAUUUUGUUUUGUCUUUCAAGUCCAUCCAAAAAGCUGCUUCCUGGCUCAUUUUCUCUGAUUCAGUCCCAGUUGCACAUUGCUUCUACAGCUCUCUUCAAGGGACUGGCACAUAGCCAGUACUAGUCUGAGAAAACCUAAAACUUUCAUCAGUAUGGUAUUUAAUAGAUUGUAAGUAAGGUCUGCUUAGAUAAUUUUCUUAAGUUUGCACUUUCAUGUUCUGUAUUUCCUUUCAGUAUCUUGCCAUUUGCCCUCUCAGUGCCAUUUAAAUGCAUUUUUAUUCCUGUAAUGUUUUUGACUUAUUUUUAGACUGUAAUCAUCAGUGACAAAUAACUCAGACCCCUGGUUAGCUUUUGCAAUUAAUAGCCUAACCCUGCAGUCUUUGGGAAAUGCCAAGCUGUGCCCUCUCAAAUUUUUAAUGUUCUGCCCCAAGCCAGCCCUUCUACCAACAGAUCACCUCAGGAGCAUUGCCUCCAGUUGUCUGUGCAUGCUCAGACUGGAGGGAGUGCAGCCCAGUUCCCAAAUCUGGCUGGGAAUGCCAUGCAGAUAAAGUUCUUCAUUUUAAGUGUGCUGCCUAAGCAGAGAGGGUGCAUAUUACUGGGGAAAGAAGAACCUCUAAUGGCACUUCAGGCUGCUCUGGAGGCUAAAGAAUGCAUCCUCUUGGAGUAUUUUUUCAUUGAAAUCGAUACAUACAGUAAGUUAGUUUCAUGAUUUUUAAUAUGAGAUCUCAUUUCUGUAAGUCUUCAGUCCCAGCUUUUUUUUCCUCCUGUUAAAUGGAGUAGCAAAUUACUUAAACUAUGAAUUGUGGAGCCAUGUAUGACUUCCAUUCUUUUCAUCCCUUUUUUUUCCUUAUGUGAAGCUUGUCAGCAUUACUGUUUCCAGCUAGUUUAUAUGGUGGUAGCUGAGAUGAUCUUCUGUAAGAUGGUAUCUAACAUAAGAGUUACUGGAAGGCUUUGAAAUAUGACAUAGCUGUGUGAAAAAAUCCUUAUCAAAGAGCUGGUAUGAUUUGCAUUAAAUACUUUUUGUUAGUACCUCUAAUAAUACAUACUUUUAAUUGCAAACUCUUUGCCUCUCUCUCCUUCCAGAUUGAUUUUCUUUCAGAAGCAACAUUUACUGCCCCUGAAAGGAAAUGCAUUCUUUCCUUUACAGUAAUUUUGCUGAAUAUUUUUUCCUUGCAACACUUGCAUUUCACACAAACUUCAUCUAUCUUGAUCAGCCUUGAUUUCUGAGUUUCUGUAGAAUUUGCAUCUUUACAGUGAUUACUUGCAAUACAGUGGACAUAAAGCCUUGUCGAGCAGCAAAAAUACAAGUAGCAGUACCUGGCACUGUUUAAAUAAUAUGCCUUUUUUCAUGUAUUUUUUAUGGUAUAAUAAGUAUAUUAAUCACCAGGAAGGCCAGGCAUUCUGAAUACUUUCUUAGCAUGUCUUAUAUUUCUAUAUUAUUUGUUGCUAAUUUUAGCCAGCUUUUGAUACUUGUAUUUAGUUCUUACUGGCAGUGUCUGCUCCUGCAGAUCAAAGCAAAUGAAUUGGCUUAUUCACUUUUUAGUAAAAGUAUUAAUUCACACUGCUUAUUGAUUAAAAGAGUUUAAAAAGGAAAUCUCUAUGAAAUGGUGAAAGAGAUACUUUUAAUGAGGACAGCUCGUACAGGCAAGCAUCAGGCUUAUAUCCAUGUGGCUUUUGAGAUAUUUUUGUUAUGGAUUUUGAACAGAAAGGACUGUGCAGAAGAAGCAUAACCCCAAACAUCAGCAACAUGCACACAGGCAGUUUGCAAAUGGUAAAACUAGUCCAAAGGAGAAUAUUGUCAUAUACCACCUCUAUGUUUCAGGUUCACGUUAGGACCUUUAAAUGGUUAAAAUUACAGAAUAUCUUCAAAACAAGCCAAAUUCACUGGCUCCAUUUACUUGUGAAUAUAUUCUUUUCUUUGGGGUUAGUCUUUUGAGAUACUGAAGUAGCAAAGUAACUGUUCAUUAGGUCACCUGCAUUGUUUAAUGCUUCCAAAUCUUUGCCAAGUAGUUUGUGAAAUUAUAGGAAAAAAGAAGCUCAAAUUUCCAAUCUUUUGUGUUUCUUCUCCUUUCCCCCCCACCCCUUCUUCUUUCGCCCUUUUGUUCUCUUUCAUUAUUGCUGCUCUUUGUGGCUCUGCCUUGCCUGGCUUCUCCAGAUGACAGUUCUGUACAAUCCACUUUUUCUUCCUUGCUUUUUGUUCUGCUUUAUGUUUCUGUCUGUGUUUUUAUUUAGAUAUGCACCCUACUGUGUCCUGACUGAUAGCAGGAAGAAUCACAAUCUCUUCCCCAUUCCUGCCUCUCCUCCAAGCUCUGCAGUAUGAUCUCAGUCAAUGAGGUUCCCAGUGCAUUGUGUCACUGCAGUCCAUCUCUUCUGUUUCUUUCCCACUUCAGUAUUUUAAUCCUUUCAGCUUUAAUUUUGGCUCUAAUUUUCUCUAAAUCUUUCUGGAUCUCUUAUCUUUUGCUUUUCAAGAACUUCUCUCAGGUGUUCAUCCCAGAGAGCACAUGCUUCUAGUUUGAGAUGUGGAUGAGUAUUAUACUCCCUGAAAGAAUAAAACCCAGCCAUUUCCUCUCUCACCAGUGUAUAUAUUGAUUUUUCUGAUGGCCUGUAGUGAAAUUAUGUAUUUAAUUGGCAGAGUUUUUAACCAGUUAUGUGAUACCUCCCAAAUAUCUUUCUCUGCCUCUUUCUGGGUUGCAGGCUGACACAUGGUGUUCCUAUGAGUUUUGUGGAGCACAGGAAGGGCUGGAUUGCUUUGCCAGCCUUGAGCUCUGGCAGGUACAGAAUUGCAGCAAGGCUGGGUAGAGACACCUUGCCAGACCACUGGGCUGCAUUUGUAUUCCAGUAUGGGAAGUGCUGAGACCCAAGCUCAGACACAACCUUUUAGAGAAGUUGUUACAACCCAAAGCUGAAGAGUAGGUGAAGUAAAGAGAAUUCUUUGUUAAUAGAGGAUUGGGAGCAAUUUGACUUGACAGGUUUAUGGAAUGGGUCUGUAUGAAACCUCUCCUAGAGGCCAGGGGAAAUGGCUUGAAUUCAAGUUCCAUAAAAUACAGAUUUAAGCAAAGUCACCAGAUAAAUUUGGCAGAAUUAUCAUGCUGGAGGAGCUUGGAGGAUUUAAUGGGAAUAAAACCAUUGAAAAGCUCAGCAGUAUCCUGGAAGGGUACAGCCUGUCUUAAGGAGUGUAAGAGAGAUGUGGGAGGAGGGGAGUACAGGACUAAACAGGACAAGGAAAUGCAGGGAGAAAGUCAGUGUUAGCAGUGUGUGUGGUUUUACCACAUGUUGUUGAUUUUGUUUUGCUUAAGUCUUGAAGC